AGUGGCACCCUUGAAUGGUGGUUUUUUUUUUUUUUUUCUGUGGUGUGUUACUAGGAAAGACCAUGUCUGGUCGUGCCAAGAAGCCCCCGGCUAAGGGUAAAAGUGUGGUGAACCGCUCGGCCAGGGCCGGCCUGCAGUUCCCCGUGGGCCGAGUCGCUCGUCUGCUGCGCAAGGGUCACUACGCGGCCCGUAUCGGCACCGGGGCCGCGGUCUACCUGACGGCUGUCCUCGAGUACCUGUGUGCCGAGGUGCUGGAGCUGGCGGGCAACGCGUCGCGGGACAACAAGAAGCUGAGGAUCACGCCGCGGCACAUCCAGCUGGCGGUGCGCAACGAUGAGGAGCUCAACGCCCUGCUGGGGAGCGUCACCAUAUCGGAGGGAGGCGUCCUGCCCAACAUCCAGGCCCAACUGCUGCCCAAGAAGACCUCCAAGGGCUCCUUCCAGGAACAUGAGGAUGUGCAGUCUCAAGAGUUUUAAUGUGCUCUGUCUUGUUGUUAAUGUCAGUGCUGCUUUAUUAUUUAUUAAAGUCUCUCAUAACUCCA